CGCAGCGAAACCGCCGUUGCUCUUCCCCGCCCAAAACAAUUUGCCUUUCAGCUGCAACGUGGUGGCCUUGGCCCUUGAUCUCUUUCUCGCGCAAAUCGGUUCGAGACUCCGUCCACAGACCACGACAAGUCUUCUUGAGAUUUUCACAUGUUCGAUUGAUAUGGCUGCUGUCAGCGAGGCGAAAGCAAGGGAAUUAAUCUCCCAGCUCCAGCGAGUUCAGCAGGAUGAAAUCCGCAUCCUGCAAGAGCUGUACGGCAUCCGGGGGGAUCAGGAAGCACGAGUUGAAGAUCCCCCGGAAGUGUCGGAUGCCACUUCGGAUGACGACGGCUCUGGUCGAGACGUCGACGACAAUAGGCAGGAUAGCGAUGAGAAAAGCGAGCAGGAUAACGACGAGAAAGGCGAGCAGGAUAACGACGAGGGAAGCGAGCAACAUAGUGGCAUUGUGUGCACACCUCCAGGGUGGAGAGCCCCCUGGAGAGCCGCCUGGACCGACGAACUCCUCGCACAACGGAUCCACACGCACCAAGUACGUGGUGGAGGUAGUAUUGCGGAGAACGACCUCACGGAUCCCGCGGCCAAGUUUAUCCACGACAACGUACUACGAUCGCUGCGUGACUUUUCAUUCAGAAGAGGGAUCCCUUUUAAAAACGGGGAUGAUGCCUUUUGCGUGAUCGACUUUGACCGCGAGGGCGGAACGACUUUAGAGACUAGUGAUAAUACCCCCGACUCCCGUCAGGCUCUCUUCAGGGGGCGAUCCGCGAGUUCAUCAUAUACGAGGCACAUGUGCGCAACCCAUUCAUCCACGCACUUAGUCUCUUGUUGUUCAAGUUCUUGUGCUUACCGUACAGUCAAGAUCUGUCAAAGCCUUUACCCCAAGUGCUCUAGCAACUAUUUUUCUCACCGGCGCAGGCUACUUCAUAUAUGCUGCACUGAGGAGACACCUUAGUAGACGCGUUGGCGACCGGGUCUACGUCGGGUCUCACAUACUUGAGUUCGGCGAAAACGGCAUCACGGCAGGCUCCAUCACUGUGCCAUACUUUGCGGUGACAACGAAAAGGCCUGCGGAGGACCUAGCGCCUCUAUCCCCGGCCGGACUGUUCGGCGGUGUCCACGGCCCAAAUUCGAAAUAUAUUCGGGAGGAAAGAUUUA